AUGAAGAAGAAGAAGAAGAUCAAGAAGGAGAGCAAGAAGAAAGGGGGCGCCGGCUUCGUUUUAAUAGCAGAAGUAACGUGGGUAGCGACGCUCUUCCUGCAGAUCUGUGUAAGGAGCGACAACAGGAUAUGGAAGUGCUGGUCCGCGGUCACGUGGUUCGAGGGGUGGAAGAAGAGCUUGUUCUACGGCCCCAUGGGAGCGGUGCCCCUCAUCUGGCCCCACAAGUUGUGGUUGUCGUAUGUGGCAGCGGGUCAGCUCUUCGCGCUGGCCGUCUUUCAUCUCGUGCUAUCUUUCAAGGGGCGCAGGAGACGGCGGAGGAAAGACCGCCUCCUGCACGGGGACAUCGACAGCUUCGAGAGCAGCAAGUUCGAGGAGGUGACCGAGGUGUUGGACGACGGCCUGCCGGAACCCAUCCCAGGCAGCAGCCACUCACUCUCGGACAGUUUAGCAGAGCAGGACACCAUCCUCGAGAUAUGA